AUGUCGUCUACAGAGCCGUCCCAGAACAAAACAUGGGAACUUUCCCUUUAUGAACUUCACCGAACAUCACAGGAGGUGAUAACAGACGCCACUGAAAUAGCAGUGUCCCCCCGCAGCUUGCACAGUGAAUUGAUGUGUCCUAUAUGUUUAGAUAUGCUCAAAAAGACCAUGACGACAAAAGAAUGCCUGCACAGGUUCUGCAAUGAUUGUAUUAUAACUGCAUUGCGCUCAGGGAACAAGGAAUGCCCGACAUGCCGAAAGAAAUUAGUAUCUAAGAGGUCCCUAAGGCCGGAUCCUAACUUUGAUUUGUUGAUAUCUAAGAUAUACCCUAGCAGAGACGAGUAUGAGGCUCAUCAGGAGCGCGUGUUGGCUAAACUAAGCAUGUCACACUCCCAAGCAUCAUUAGUAAAUUCAAUUACAGAAGGAAUUAAGUUACAAUCUCAAAAUAGACCUCAGAGGUCAAGAAAGAACCAAGAAGAGAAUACUAAUACCCCUAAUGCAAAUGGUAUCGCAGAAACGCCGACACAGAACGGUGGUGGUACAGUUCCAGCUCCUAAAGAUGGGACCUCUUCUACUGGUAACCCUACACCGUCUGUGCAGUCAACAUCUAACCCAGCGUCUGUGAGAAGUACGCCGUCUCCAGUGCCCUCCAAUUUGAGUUCAGUGUCAAAAAACACCAGUACCACUAAAAGGGCAAAAUCUAUUCUGACAUCAGAAAGAAGUGAAGAGAGUGAGUCGAGUGAUGGCAGAACAGAAGGAGAAAAUUCAAUGGACACAGAAGGUGAAGGAGAGCCAUUAAAUCCUAACGAGAUAGAGCUAGUGUUUAAACCUCAUCCAACAGAGAUGACCGGUGACAACCAUCUGAUGAGAGCACUUCGAGAUAGCUCUGUCAGAUACUUGAAAACUACUGCUAAUGCGUCUGUGGACCACUUAAGCAAGUACUUAGCUAUGAGAUUAACACUAGACCUCGAUGCUGAGUUGCCCGAAGCGUACCGACUCCUUAACUUUUGCAUUUACGUCGCCCCAGCGCCCGGUCAGUUUGUACCACUGGCUGGCUCACAGACACUACGCCAGAUCAAUGAUAAGUUCUGGAAGGUUAACAAACCUCUGGAAAUGUAUUACUCGUGGAAGAAAACUUGA